CUCACCAAAAAAGAGAGAGAAAAUAUUCUCUCUCCUCUCGCCCCCACAUUCUCUCUCUAGAAAAUUUUAAUUAAAUACAUAUAUAUAUAUAUAUUUUUUUAAUUUAUGGCUUACGUGGCCAAAUGUACUAAUAAUUCUCCUCCAACUCCCAUCAGUGUUAAUAAUAAUCCAAAUAAUCCUUUAUCUUUCUCCCCAAUGUCUUCUUCCCCACCCACUUCUCAACCAUCCUCCCCUCCGCCCCCUGCGGUGGUUCUCAGCCCCUGCGCUGCCUGUAAGAUCCUCCGUCGCCGCUGCGUCGAGAAAUGCGUUUUGGCUCCUUAUUUCCCUCCCACUGACCCUCUUAAGUUCACCAUUGCCCAUAGAGUUUUUGGAGCUAGCAAUAUCAUCAAGUUCCUGCAAGAGCUUCCCGAGUGCCAAAGAACGGAUGCAGUGAGCAGUAUGGUAUACGAAGCAAAUGCUCGUCUGAGAGAUCCAGUUUACGGUAGUGCAGGCGCAAUUUGCCAACUGCAAAAGCAAGUGAGCGAACUACAAGCUCAACUAGCCAAGGCUAGGGCAGAGGUGGCCAAUAUGCAGCAACAACAAGCCAACUUACUAGCCUUAAUUUGCAUGGAAAUGAGGCAAUCACCGGAGCCUGUUUGGCAGCCGCAACUGGUGGACACUACAUGCUUCCUCGAUGACGCCACCCUCAGCUCACCAUGGGAGCCACUCUGGACGUGAUCUGCCCAUUCUUUUGCAGUCAUAUUUAAUUUGGAUUAGAUAAAGGAUUUAAGUUAAUUAGUUAAAUUGUUAUAGAAAAAUAUAUACUCUCUAAAUAUAUAAUUAGUAAUGUCGAUGAUGAUAAUAAUGUUAAUGAUUUUAACUUAAAUAUAUGAAAAGGGAUCCAAGUUUUUUCCCUUUAAAAUUCUGAUAUUCUUAGUUUCAAUGGAGAGAAAGAGAAGUGGAAAAGGAAGAGAAACUGAAAGAUGUUGAUUUGGACUUUUUAGAAGGUGGUGGUUGUAAUUUCAUUUACAAGAUUUAAUUUUUAAUGAAAACUCCUUUUGGGUAACCUAA